AUGAAAAUGUCCUCUGGAAAUGAUUCCUUAGUGACUGAAUUCAUUCUUGCUGGAUUAACAGAUCGUCCAAAGCUCCAACAACCCCUCUUUUACCUGUUUCUAAUGAUCUACAUUGUCACAAUGGUGGGCAACCUUGGCUUGAUCACUCUUAUUGGUCUAAAUUCUCACCUCCACACCCCCAUGUACUAUUUCCUCUUCAACCUCUCUUUCAUUGAUAUCUGUUACUCUUCUGUUUUCACUCCCAAAAUGCUGAUGAACUUUGUAUCAAAGAAGAAUAUCAUCUCCUAUGUUGGGUGCAUGACUCAGCUAUUUUUCUUUCUCUUUUUUGUCAUCUCUGAAUGCUACAUAUUGACCUCAAUGGCCUAUGAUCGCUAUGUGGCCAUCUGUAGUCCAUUGCUGUAUAAGGUCACUAUGUCCCAUCAGGUGUGUUCUGUGCUAACAUUUGCAGCUUAUACAAUGGGAUUUGCUGGAGCCACUGCCCACACAGGGUGCAUGCUGAGACUAACCUUCUGCAGUGCUAAUGUCAUCAACCAUUACUUGUGUGACAUACUCCCCCUCCUCCAACUUUCUUGCACCAGCACCUAUGUCAAUGAGGUAGUAGUUCUCAUUGUUGUGGGUAUUAAUAUCACAGUACCCAGUUUUACCAUCCUAAUUUCUUACAUUUUUAUCCUCACUAGUAUUUUUCAUAUCAAAUCCACUCAAGGAAGAUCAAAAGCCUUCAGCACUUGUAGCUCUCACAUCAUUGCUCUUUCUCUCUUUUUUGGGUCAGCAGCAUUCAUGUAUCUUAAAUAUUCUUCUCCUGGAUCUAUGGACCAGGGAAAAGUUUCUUCUGUUUUCUAUACUAAUGUGGGGCCAAUGCUCAACCCCCUCAUCUAUAGUUUGAGGAAUAAGGAUGUCAAAGUUGCACUGAGGAAAGUCCUGAUUAAAAUUCAGAGGAGACACAUAUUCUAA